AUGGAGCUACUGCUGCUAUUUGCUGCUUCACAAGUGGUGACAUUCAGUUUGGUGAAUGCUGGCUGUCCAGUGGUGUGCGAGUGUCCAGGUGGGCCGCCGUCCUGCCCCCUAGGAGUCAGCUUGGUGCCAGAUGGCUGCAGCUGCUGCAAGGUGUGCGCUGCCCAGCUCAACCAAGACUGCUACGAAGGACAACCCUGUGACCACCACAAAGGCCUGGAGUGCAACUACGGCAAUGACGUUGGUCGUACCCACGGCGUCUGCAGAGCAAAGACAGAAGGCCGCUCCUGUGAAUACGACGGGCGCAUUUAUCAAAAUGGCGAGAACUUCCAUGCCGGAUGCAAGCACCAGUGCACCUGUAUCGACGGAGUGGUGGGUUGCGUGCCCCUGUGCCCAAGCCACGUACCCCUGGCUUCACCUUCGUGCCCUUUCCCCAAGCUCGUCAAGGUUCCGGGCCAGUGCUGCCUCAGCAUCGACUGCCACAAAGGAAGCACGGUGAUGCCCCCAGUGUUUCGGCGUCCCCAGCCCCCGGCCUACCCACCUUACCCCUUCAUGCCACGCUUGGGCUAUCGUUAUCCAAAGCCGCAUCCAAAAUCUUACUGGAAGCUGUACCCGUACAAACCAAAAAAGGACAUGAUGGGGAACGAGCUGGUGGAGUUGGGGCGCAAGUGGAACAAGCUGCGUGGACGAAAGCAAGUGGCAGCAUGGAAGCAGGCGGGCGAUCGGUGUGUGGUUCAGACCACUUCUUGGUCCCAGUGUUCUCGGAGCUGUGACAUGGGUGUGUCCUCUCGUGUUACCAAUGACAAUGCCCAGUGUAAGCUGACCAAGGAGACACGGCUGUGCAACAUUCGACCCUGCAACUCUAUGUCUUUACCUGUCAAGAAAGGAAGGAAGUGCUCUCGCACCCAUAAAGCUCCAGAGCCGCACCGCUUUUCCUACGCCGGCUGCAGGAGCAGUCGGCUGUACAGGCCAAACUACUGCGGGGUGUGUCAAGACGGCCGCUGCUGCUCACCCCGCCGAACCCGCACCGCUGCAGUGACCUUUGCUUGCCCUGACAGAGAGCGCUUUGAAAGAUCUGUCAUGUUCAUUCAGUCAUGCAAGUGCAGCGACGAAUGCAACUAUCUCAAUGAGGCUGCCAUGCCCCCACAGAGAUGGCUCUAUGGAGACACGCACAAGUUCACGGACUAGUAGAUGAUAUUCCCAACAUGCAUUCCUUUACAAACUCCAAGCCACAUCUUCCUGACAGUAAACCCCCAUUUAGAAUAGAUGCACAAUAGUGUAGUGGAGGUUUUUUUUUUGUUUUGUUUUUUUGAGAACUGUGCAGGAAAUGAGUGAAAAAUGAAGAUGUGAGCAUCUCCAACUUGGAAAGAAUUGCAAGCAGCUCCUGCUCUAGUGUUGAUAAGCACACUUGACAAAACACAUCCACCGUGCAGAAAAUGACCCAUGGAUUCUCAAAGCUCAUUUGUUAGAACAAUGGUGUCAUCUGACACUUGAAGCAUAAGUACUUUCCAGCUGGAAUCUUCUACACAUUAUCUGAUGAACAAAAACUACUUGACAGAAGAGACUGACAUGGUAGAAGAUCGAGUGUUUGUCUGGCCUUGUGUUUUUAAAUAUUUAUUCACUGGUAUUUAUUGUUGACAAAGAUGUGUCGCUGCUAUGUUUGGAGCAUCCACAUGGCAGAACGCAGGUCUGACAAGGUCAAAGCAGCUGAGAAUUCUCAAAUCCCAGGUUUGUCCUAGGGACUCACAAAAGUUCAAGACGCCAUGUCACCUGAUGGAGGACUGCUUUGGAGAGGGAGAAAAGGUGCCAUGUACAGGGGAAAAACAGACUUGAACUUGGUGGAUUGAGAAAUUGAAUGCUUUAGUGAGGAAUGUCAGUUUGUUUACAUGCAUGGACACAUCUGCUGCCUGCUCAAAUUGAGACGUUUCACAAGCAACUGGAAAAACAAUCUUGGUAAUGUGGCGUUGACUGGCUAACUGUGUAAAUUACAAUCCUGAUUCUGUGGGGCAGCAUAACACAAAACCAGCCUUUUCCUUGGCUUGCUAUAAAAAUAAAAUUUAAAAACUGCAUGUAGUGAGGUAAACAUGUAAUUUGGGAACAGCUUUGAUGCCCAAUGCGGCCUGUAAUCUAGCUGCCAAUGAUAUCCGCCAGCUCAGCGAACUGGAACAAAACGUCAUGACAACUGCUGAAGGCUAUGCAUGUUCAUGGCAUUGACGGAGGGACAAAGGAAAACUCUGUAAACCUGUAGCGGAUGCAAACUGGACAUUUUGCUGUUGCCCGCGAUAGCAUUGGGUUUGACGGGAGUCUGACUUAUAGAAAAAGGCUUCUCAUUGACUUAAUUUCAUUUUAAUUAACUAUGACAUGUUACCAUUUUGUGCACCUUACGACAGUCUAUAUUUAUGAACAAAUGCUGAAGUAAUUUCAAACUAUUUGUUGAAUCCAUAUUGUAUGACUGGGUAACUCAAAGAUUUUUGUUUUAAACUUUUAUUGGCAUUUUAAGUGUUUUUGCAGUUUUAUGUAACUUGGGGGGGGGGGGGGGGGGGGGGAGAAACUGUGCAUUUUUAGUUUCUUGUUGGCCAGUCAGCUCUCUACUCCUUUAAACUUCAAGACGUUCAGGCAGUUUUAGAAUGUAGAAUUUAUUUCAGGUUUGCUUAGUUAGAUGCUGUGGUUGGUUGGUUAGGUGUUUGUUUUUGGUGUGUGCGCGUCCGUGCAAGGUCUCUUGUUACAGGACAAUAUACAGCAGCUGUGUACAGAUUCAUUCUUUGUAGCUUUACCUGCUGUGAGGGCAAUCCUUUUACAGAGUUAUAUUAAAGUUGUCUAGUUAGUAUUGACUAAGGCAGAACUUGUUUAACAUUUAAAUGGCAAUCUGAAAGCAUGACAACUGUAUGUCCAGCAGAGCUCAACACCAAUGAUAACUGUUGUACAUACCUUUAUAAAAUGUUUUCAGACUGGAAACUAGUUGGCAAACAAGGUUUGACUUAUGCAUUUUGAAUAAAGAAAAGUUCACUUUA